AUGGUCAGGGCAAAACAACUCAUGGAGAAUCACAUCAGCACCAUUGACCGAGGGGCAUUUGAGGACAUGAAGGAGCUGGAGAGAUUGCGGCUGAAUCGGAAUCAGUUACAGAUCUUGCCAGAAUUACUCUUUCAAAAGAACCCUACUCUCUACAGAUUGGAUCUGAGUGAAAAUUUCAUCCAGGCUAUUCCCAGGAAGGCCUUCCGUGGAGCAACUGACCUCAAGAAUCUGCAACUUGAUAAAAACCAAAUUACUUGCAUUGAGGAAGGGGCGUUCCGAGCCCUCAGGAGCCUGGAGGUUCUGACCCUGAAUAACAACAAUAUCAGCACUAUCCCUGUCUCCAGCUUUAACCACAUGCCAAAGCUUCGCACCUUUCGCCUGCACUCCAACCACCUCUACUGCGACUGCCACCUGUCCUGGCUCUCCCAAUGGCUCCGCCAACGCCCACAGAUCGGUCUCUUCACUCAGUGCACUGCUCCGCCUGACCUCCGAGGACUUAACGUGGCAGAGAUACAGAAGCAUGAGUUCUCCUGCACAGGUCAUUCGGAUAGCUCUCGGACCCAGUCCUGCGGCCUGGCCUCUGGGUCAUGUCCUGCUGUGUGUACCUGCAGCAACAGCAUCGUCGACUGUCGUGGUAAAGGCCUGACUGCCAUUCCCGCUAACCUCCCUGAGACCAUCACCGAAAUACGUUUGGAACAGAAUGGAAUUAAAUCAGUUCCACCAGGAACAUUUACUCCAUAUAAGAAGCUCCGGCGUAUAGAUCUCAGCAACAACCAGAUCGCUGAGAUUGCACCUGAUGCUUUCCAGGGGCUGCGUUCACUUAAUUCUCUGGUCCUGUACGGAAACAAAAUCAACGAACUCCCGAAAGGAGUGUUUGAAGGACUCUACGCUCUACAGCUCCUACUCCUGAACGCUAAUAAAAUCAACUGCAUUCGAGCCGAUGCUUUUCAAGAUCUGCAAAACCUCAGUCUCCUCUCGCUAUAUGACAACAAGAUCCAGACACUGGCUAAAGGGACUUUCACCUCACUCCGGGCCAUCCAGACUCUGCACCUAGCCCAAAACCCCUUCGUCUGUGACUGCCAUCUCAAGUGGCUUGCGGACUACCUCCGUUCUAAUCCGAUUGAGACCAGUGGGGCUCGCUGUGCCAGUCCGCGGCGCUUGGCAAACAAGAGGAUCGGGCAGAUCAAAAGCAAGAAGUUCCGCUGCUCAGCAAAAGAACAGUAUUUCAUCUCAGGUACUGAAGAUCACCGUCUAGGGAGUGAAUGCAAUGGAGACACAGUCUGCCCACCACAAUGCCGCUGUGAGUCCAACGUGGUAGACUGUUCCAACCAGAAACUGACCAAGGUCCCAGAGUUUAUCCCUCAGUCAACCCUGGAACUACGGCUGACUAACAACGAGAUUUCACAUUUGGAAGCCACUGGUCUGUUCCGGAAACUUCCACAGUUGAGAAAAAUUUGGCUCCUCCAGGUCUCGACUGCGGAAGAUAAUGGGAUCCUCCUCUACAACGGAGACAAUGACCACAUCGCAGUUGAACUUUACCAGGGCCACGUGCGGGUCAGCUAUGAUCCUGGCAGCUACCCGAGCUCAGCUAUCUACAGCCUGGAGACGAUCAAUGAUGGACACUUCCAUACGGUCGAGAUUGUGACCUUGGACCAGAUGGUUAAUCUCUCCAUUGAUGGUGGAACCCCCAAGAGCAUGGAGAGCUCUGUCAAGCAGUCGACACUCAACCGCGAGACACCCCUUUACAUUGGAGGGAUGCCCGUCGAUGUGAAUUCUGCGGCCUUCCGCCUCUGGCAGAUCCAGAAUGGGUCCAGCUUCCAUGGGUGCAUCCAGAACCUCUACAUCAACAACGAGCUGCAGGAUUUCACCAAGACCCAGAUGAAGGUUGGUGUGGUGCCAGGCUGUGAACCCUGCAGGAAGAUCAUCUGCCUCCACGGUAUCUGUCAGCCCCAGGCAGACUCUGACCCUGUGUGCCACUGUGAGCCGGGCUGGUUGGGACCUCACUGUGACCAGCCACUCGGUGAUCCAUGCCUGGGACACAAGUGCGUGCACGGGAGCUGUGUGGCUCUGGACCUGGUGACUUACCGCUGUGAGUGUGAUGACGGACACAAGGGAGCGCUCUGCAACCAGCAGCAAGAGCUGUUUAACCCCUGCAAGAGGUUGCAAUGUGAGCACGGUCAAUGUCAGAUCUCUGAGCUCGGAGAUGCCAAGUGUGAGUGUGAAGAUGGUUACACCGGAGAUCUCUGCAACCAAGAAGCGGAGUGUCGAGGGCUACCCGUGCGCGAUUAUUACCAGCUGCAGAGGGGCUACACCAUCUGCCAGAGCACUCGGCGAGUCUCCUGGGUGACGUGCCAGGGAUCGUGCCGGGCUCAGGGUUGCUGCACUGAGCUGAGGGCCAAGCGACGGAAAUACACCUUCGAGUGCAGCGAUGGCUCAUCCUUCACCGAGGAAGUGGAGAAAAGCACCAAGUGUGGCUGCACCCGGUGCCUGUAGCCCCCAUCGACUCCCCCACCCCCACCAGCCACCCAACACUGGAGUAUAUUAUACAUACUAAAAACACAUACCCAGUCAACAACAUCGCAGGUCAGCAAGAUCGACACAGGACGGUGACUUAUUCUUAUAAUUAAAAACUCGUUUGAAACAACCACAAAAAAUAAUUUUAAAUAAAAAAGGAAGAGCAUCAUCUGAUCCAGACCGGAGAUAGAAAUGUACAUUCAGAAAAACAGAAGCUGGCGAGAUACCUUGGUGGAGUUGGACCACCAUCGGUGUGGGUCUGGAGCAACAGGCAGCAGCACCAGAAGGGGCAGUCUAGGGAGAGGGAGCAGACACAAUCCAGGAUGCUAACACUGUCUGUCACUUGUCUACCUUACAUUCUUGUCUGAUGUUAUGGGGAGGUUGGGGGGUGGGUGGGUGACUGGGGUUUGAUGGGAGGGAAGGGCUGGGGUGGGAAGGGUUGUGGGGUAAAAAUCACACCAGCUAAAGCAAACCAAGCAAGUUCCUUCACUUGUGCAUGUCAUACAGGAGUGAAAGCUGCCUUUACAUUCCAAACUCUUUCAGUGGUUCGCCCCUCAGCCCAUUCCUCAUUUUUCUUAUUAGGAGCCAACGUAGUGGGAGACUUAGCCUUUAUCUAACCCUGUUUUGUAUCUGUCCUGGGAGCGUUUGUUGGGGACAGUGUAGAGGGAGCUUUACUCUGUAUCUGAUGUUGUGCUGUACCUGAUCUGGGAGCGUUUGUUGGGAAAAAUAUGGAGGAAGCUUUACUCUGUAUCUAAUCCUGUGCUGUCCUCAUCUGCGGGUGUUUGAUGGGGACAGCGUCGUGAGAGCUUUACUUUCAGAUUAAAAAGAGUAGAGGUAACUGUACUUUGUAUCUAACUCCAUGCUAUAUCUGUCCUUGGAGCGUUUGAUGUGGACAGUGUAGAGGAAUUGUACUCUGUAUCUAAAACCAUGUUGUACCUGUCCUGGAAGUGUUUGAUGGAGACAGUGUCCAGAGAGCUUUACAUUCAGGUUAAAAAAAAAGUAGCGAGAGCUGUACUCUGUAUCUAAUUCCAUGCUAUAUCUGUCCUUGGUGUGUUUGAUGGGGACGUGUAGAAGAAACUGUACUCUGUGUCUAACCCUGUGCUGUAUCUCAUGUUGGAUAGUUGAGUAAUUUUUCUCUAUAACACUCAUAACCAUCAGCCCAAGAGCCAAAAAUUCUCUCAAACGAAAACUCACACAGAUGGAAAGUUGAGUCACAGUUCUAACCCAUCUCAGAGUCUAUGAGCCCAUCGGGAUUUGAUUACUCAAAGUGUCACCUACUCCUCUCCCCUCCCCCUUCCCCUCCCCUCCCCUCUCUCUCUCUUCCACCCCCCAUCAUGUAUCCCGGUCACACCUCUUGCUUUACCUUUUAUCUGAUCCUCUGUGUUAAUACAACACACGGUGUGCAGUGUAGGCAGCAUGUAAGCAACGUGGGGUAUGCUUGCCUCUCAAAUAUAGCAACACAAGCAGAGCCCUGGUGUAAGGGAAUAACAUUCAAACCAACAAAUCCCAUUCCUGAACGAAAUGCUUUACGAGGUUUUCUUUCAAAGGUAAGAAGCUUGGCUCCCUAAUUUUGUUGUAUGGUUAUAAUAUAUAAUAAAAUGUUAUUUAAAAAGUCAGAGCUUAUACUUAAAACUGCUCAGUAAGAACAUAAAUAAAAGGUCUUGUGCGAGGA